GGGACUCAUUUCGCUACCAACCGCCCCAGGCUCAACGGGUGUUCCGGCGUCGCCACACAUCUUGUGCACAUAUAGCAAUCGUGGUUGUUUCGUGUUGUUCAGGCACCGAACACGAAGCCAUCGAUCGAGCCAUCGAUGGUGAGCGCAAGAGCGCAAGCAAGACAGCACCACACCUCGGAUAUGAUGUGCCUGUGGAUGCAUCAAUCGAUCCGCCUGUGUGGUUGUGCUUGUUGCAGCUGCCUCCCUGGCGUUGGCUAUGUGGCCUGGCGGCAGCCAUGCUGUGCAUCUCUCUCUUGGCUGUGUUGAUGGUGGUGUGCGACGCCUCUGCGACGACCUCGUUCAUCCACCGUGCGUCAGCGACCGGCAGCAGCUUCCGCCGGGCAAGGCCGGCCCCUGGCGCCCUUGGAAUGAGCCAGCCACCAGGUGCGCAGCUGGAGAUGGGGAGGGGAGGAGAGGAGAUAUGUGCUCUGCGGCCACCAGGGCGACAGGUGCAUUCAUUGCCUUGCCUCUGUGUGCACACGCGUGUGUGUGUGUGUGUGUGUGUGUCAGGGGAAGCUCCUCCACGAUUCAAACUCGUUGCUCAAGACCUCAUGAGUGUUGACAAGCUCACAGACGUCCGCAACCAGCGUGUCUUGGGGAAGCUGCCCACCCUCGUUCCUCCACCUGGGGCGCCUAACUAUGUCGGCCUCGACGAGCUCCGGCAGAUGGUAGAAGGCAGCAUGGGCUGGUCGGCCCCGAUCCUGGAUCUUCACAAGACGGAGGAUUCGCGGGAGUUCCGCGUCGGGCCUACAGCUGUGUCGCGCUUCGCUCGCGGGGGCAAGACCCGCAUGCUAACUGAGAUCGGCUUGUUGCUUCAGGAGCGCAAGAUUCCUACGCUCUUCAUCACCUUCAGCGACUUUACUGAAAUGGAAGACGGCGAGCGCGACAGCAUCAAUCCGUUGGAGUCCAUCUUGAUGCGGAUUGCAUGGGCGACAGCACCAGAAGAGACGGUCGCUAAGGUGGUGGCGCACGCGCGAGAGACUUUCAGCGACAUGGAAGACAAGACCGUGCACGACUUCACCUUCCCUGACUGGCUCGAGACAGCAUCGAUUAGCGAAGGGGAGAUCAAGAAGUGGCUCGGUCAGAGUCAGCUCAUCUUGCUCGUGGAUGAGCUGAAUCAGCUGCUCACCACGGACCUCUUGGACUCACUGGUCAGCAUUGAGACCGACGAGGCGACAAUGGGCAAGCAGCGCGUGGCUGCGAAAGCGGCAGAAUUCCUCAGGUUGGUGUUCCUGAAGGAGGAGGGACGCUACUUGAUCUUCUCCAGCCACGUUGCAACGGUCGGCAGCCGGCUAGAAGACUACUGGUUGCUGAUCAAAAGGGGCCGCCGAGUCGUCAAGCUGCGGAUCCCGGUGAUUAACGAGCUAGCCGACGCACAAGCCAUCACCCGUUGCACACACGGCGGGCAGAUUUCCUGGACUGGGAGAGCACCUUCACUGCUGUACGAGCUCUUCAAGCGGAGCCCCACUUGCGAGUCCACAGAUCUGGAGGGUGUGAGGCGGCUCUUCUCAGGAGCUAGCACACCCAUGGAUGCGGAUAUUGCCAGGGCCAUCAUUCGGUCAGCCCUCGAUGGGGACCCGAAUUGGGUUGCUGCUCUCGGCGCACUGGCGGGGAACGUUGACGCUUUCGGCGAGAGCAUCGUAUGGCCCCCGUGCUACUUGGGCACAGCUUGCGAUUUGCUGUCUAACACCGAAAACGACGCCAUUCAGUCGGCACUCGGCGGGGCGUUCAUCUCUGGUGUCGGGCGUGUUGAGCCACUCUUGAAAGAGCUGCUAGAGGACAAAGGCUCCGGGUGA